GGACCGCAGCGGGCACUUCCGCCGGGAUCGGGUUUCUUUCAGCUCGGUAUUUAAAUGGAGCUGUCGGACAUCAGCUGCUGCUACAUUCCGCACUGGGCUGCGACAGAAAACUAACAUCUGGUUUCUUACUGGAAAACCUUUUUCGGCUGUCGAAAGGUUUUGUUUGUUGUUUUAGUCACAGCAACAGCAGCUCGGUGCAUCGUUUCUGGGACUCUGCUAGCUAACUGGAUCGGGAUCGAUAUCGGUAACACGAUGCUGUUUCUGAGUAGAAUGAUUUAGGUGCUUUGCUACAGAGCUUGUUUACAGUUACAGCUUUAUAAACAAUAACAAAGUCUUUAAAAAAUCAAUAGUGUUCUGCUAUAGUGGCCUGGACCAGAGACAGUAGUUGAAGGCUUUAAAACAAAACAACUAUUUAAAUAUCCCUCAGCUUCUUAAAAAUAUAAACAGCGUUUCAUUUAUUUAGGAUUCUCGUGACAUAAACUAUAGAAAUUAAAGAGUUUAGAAUAGGCUUUCUUUUUAAUUAAAAUUUAAGCAAAUUGUUUAAAUAGUCAAAACUUGCAGAAAUUCACAGCAUCACAAAACCUUUUCAUUAAAUGUAAGAAUUCCGUACAUCAGGGUCAGUUGAUUUAAUUAUUUUUAAAGUCAAAAUAAUAAUAAAUCAGUCAAGUGUCUGAAAAAGCAAACCGCAGAGAUGUUCAGCUGGCUUGGAACUGAUGACCGGAGGAAGAAGGAGCCAGAAGUCUUUCAGACGGUCAGUGAUGGACUGAAGAAACUCUACAAAACCAAACUUCUGCCUCUGGAGGAGAGCUACAGGUUCCACGAUUUCCACUCCCCAGCCCUGGAAGAUGCUGACUUUGACAACAAACCCAUGGUCCUGCUGGUGGGACAGUACUCCACUGGGAAGACCAGCUUCAUUCGCUACCUGUUGGAGCAGGAUUUUCCUGGAAUGAGGAUCGGCCCCGAACCCACCACGGAUUCUUUCAUCGCAGUGAUGCACGGCGACACCGAAGGGGUGGUGCCCGGCAACGCAUUGGUGGUUGACCCCAAGAAGCCCUUCAGAAAGCUGAACGCAUUCGGCAAUGCGUUUCUCAACAGGUUUGUGUGUGCCCAGCUUCCUAACCCUGUGCUGGAAAGCAUCAGUGUGAUCGACACUCCUGGAAUUCUGUCCGGAGAGAAACAGAGAAUCAGUCGUGGCUACGACUUUGCUGCUGUCCUGGAGUGGUUUGCAGAGCGAGUGGACAGGAUCAUCUUGCUGUUUGAUGCCCACAAACUGGACAUCUCUGAUGAGUUCUCUGAAGUAAUAAAGGCCCUGAAGAACCACGAAGACAAGAUCAGAGUUGUGUUGAACAAGGCCGAUCAGAUCGAGACCCAGCAGCUGAUGAGAGUGUACGGUGCCUUGAUGUGGUCGCUGGGAAAAAUAGUCAACACCCCCGAGGUGGUUCGUGUUUACAUCGGGUCCUUCUGGUCUCACCCGCUGUUGAUUCCCGACAACAGGAAGCUGUUUGAAGCAGAAGAGCAGGACUUAUUUAAGGACAUUCAGUCUUUACCGAGAAACGCAGCGCUCCGAAAACUCAACGAUCUGAUCAAAAGAGCCAGACUAGCCAAAGUUCAUGCUUACAUCAUCAGCUCGCUGAAGAAAGAGAUGCCCUCUGUGUUCGGGAAGGAGAACAAGAAGAAAGAGCUGAUCGCUAGUCUUGGAGAUAUUUACAAGCGCAUCGAGAGAGAGCAUAUGAUUUCACCUGGAGAUUUUCCUAAUCUGAAGAAGAUGCAGGAUCAUCUCCAAGCUCAGGAUCUCACCAAAUUCCAGCCCCUUAAACCUAAACUCUUGGAGGCAGUCGAUGACAUGCUAGCCAGCGACAUCGCUAGCUUGAUGGUCCUGGUCCGCCAGGAGGAAACGCAGUGUCCCAACUCGGUGGUGAAGGGCGGCGCAUUCGAUGGCACGUUGGACGGUCCGUUUGGACACGGCUACGGCGAAGGAGCUGGCGAGGGGAUCGACGAGGUCGAGUGGGUCGUCGCUCGCGACAAACCCGCGUACGAUGAGAUUUUCUACACGCUGUCGCCCGUCAACGGGAAGGUUACAGGAGCCAACGCUAAGAGGGAGAUGGUGAAGUCAAAACUGCCAAACACGGUGCUGGGAAAGAUCUGGAAGCUAGCGGACAUCGAUAAGGACGGGAUGCUCGACGAUGAGGAGUUUGCUUUGGCCAACCACCUGAUAAAGGUGAAACUGGAAGGACACGAACUGCCGUCAGAGCUGCCUGCACACCUGGUGCCUCCUUCCAAGAGAAAAAUAGCUGAAUAAAACAUGAGAUUAGCACGUUAGCUGCCUCUAAUACUCAUUUAGUUCCCCCAAAACUGGAAAUUCACUUCAUCCAGUCUUAUUAAGGCGCUUACACAUUAGCAUCGGUGCGGUCGGGUACUGGACCGGAAUUUGGUUAAACACAAGGGUCAGAUAUGCGUUUUCGGUGUCGAGGCGACAGACUGGGACCAAGGUGACCCUAUGGACUGAUAGGCCAGCUGAAAUUAUGGCUACCUGCCUCCAAUUGACGAGUUGCAUCAGCCAGCGGGGGGGUACCGGCACACGCGAUUCAUUUUCGUGUUCCAUGCUGUUGAGUACAAUUCUCUGUAGCACAGAGCUCCCGCUCAGUGGGCACGGGUAAAGAGAGGGGGCUGUGCUGUGUUGCCCUGUCCUCGACGCAUCGGAGCUCUCCUCCCAGCAGGCCGGCAGACUGCUGCUCCGAAAGGAGAACUCAGUGUGUGUGUGUGUGUGUCCCACAGCAGCAGAGGAUAGAGUUUUAUGAGGACACACACACACACACAGAGCAAAUUAAUAAAAUAAUGUGGUUCAAAGUCUAAAAGCAACACAGCUCGCACAUAUUUGGUUUAUUUAUAUAUUAAGGAGGACACCACGGACUUUCUCGCGCGCCCACAUGUUCGGAGAUUUCCGCAAUCCUGAGAAGUCCUUCGGAUUUAUAUGUGAACACUAAACCUCCGGUUCGAGACUGGACCGCCGCUAUCCUCCCCCGACCGCACCAACGCUAAUGUGUAAGCAGCAUUACUUCUGCUAUCUUUAGAUCAAGCACAUGUUAUAUCGGGCUGGAUUGAAACCAAUAAAUAGCUUUUGUCCUCUAGCAUGAAUAAAUUAGGCUUUUCUGCUAGUUUUUGACCGGCACCCCUUUAAAGAAAGCAGAAACCAUUAAAUCAGACAGGACAGGUGUUAAACAGGUAAUGACAUAAAAACACUGGAACGGUGAAAAACACCAAACUACUGGAACAAAACGAGACACUGUGAAGCUUAUUCCUGUUAAACCUUCAUCCAGGAUGCGAACUUGUGUUUUAUUUGUUGUGUGCUUCACACGCAGUCCCUGUUCUAGUAGGCUCUGUUAUGUUUGGUGUCUUGUUAUGAAUGGGUGUGUCGGGUGUGUAUGCAUUAAACAUUUGAAGAGUUGUCGUCGUCUUCCUCCGCUUAUCCGGGUCCGGGUCGCGGGGGCAGCAUCCCAACUAGGGAGCUCCAGACCGUCCUCUCCCCGGCCACCUCCACCAGCUCCUCCGGCAGGACCCCAAGGCGUUCCCGGACCAGAUUGGAGAUGUAACCUCUCCAACGUGUCCUGGGUCGACCCGGGGGCCUCCUGCCGGCAGGACAUGCCCGAAACACCUCCCCAGGGAGGCGUCCAGGAGGCAUCCUGACCAGAUGCCCAAACCACCUCAACUGGCUCCUUUCGAUCCGGAGGAGCAGCGGUUCUACUCCGAGUCCCCCCCGAAUGUCCGAGCUCCUCACCCUAUCUCUAAGGCUGAGCACGGCCAUCCUACGGAGGAAACUCAUUUCUGCCGCUUGUAUCCGCGAUCUCGUUCUUUCGGUCAUUACCCAAAACUCAUGACCAUAGGUGAGGAUUGGGACGUAGAUCGACCGGUAAAUCGAGAGCCUGGCAUUUGAAGAGGCUGGUCCUAAAGGUUUAAAACCAUUUAUCAUAAAAAUAAACUUAAAUAAUUCAGAACAACAGAGUAGAGCGACGUCAAACCUGGAUCGACCUUAGCAUCGAGGAGGUAAAUGCAGCAAAGAAGGAUGUCUUCUGAAUCUCAUCAACGUACUGACACGGUGACAUAGAUGACUUUAUUAUGCGUGUUUGAACCUGGAACUUUGACAUGUGUGUGCGUGUGUGUGUGUGUGUGUGUGUGUGUGUGUGAGAAGGUGUCCUGACUAGUGUGUGUGUGUGCAUUUUAACUGGUGUGUCAGCGUUAAUAUUUGUAUGUAUUCACUCCUCACUAUUUCCUUAAUUACUAAUCCUUUAAAAUGAAUCUAGUAUAAACUAACAUAAUAGACCAACAGUGAGUGAAACCAUGUUUAAAGUGUUCUUAUUUUGUGGUUGAAUUACAAACAUGUAAUAAAUACUUCCUCGUAUUUUAGCAUUAUGCUAAUAGUAAUAUGUAAACAAAGGGUCAGAAGGCAUGCCAUACUGAUGUCGUUUGGGUGUUACAGGAGGGAAAUGUUUCCAGUAGGGAUGCACCGAUAUGGUUUUUUUUGGGGGGCCGAUACCGAUAUCCGAUAUUAUCAUCACUGUUAUGGCCAAUACUGAUAAAUCGACAUUUACGCUUCUGAUGUCAGCAAAUUUUGAAUGGACUGAGAAUUAUGCAAGCUGAACUGUUGAACUUUUUGCUUUAUUUCUUUAAGUGGAAUCUGCUAAAUGUUAUUACACACAUACACCACACACAUUUACACGUCUGAGAUGGUUACCGUCGCUGUCACAGGACUAAACAAUUACUCGUCAUCACCCCCUCACACUCUGAUACACAAAUGGAAACAAGAUGGAAAAAAUAUUGGUUGUUAAUAUCGGCCCAGUUUUACUUAUCAGACCGAUACGGAAUUGUUAAAAAAAUAACUAACGUCAACCAGUACCGAUAUUGAAGCAGGCAUAUUGUGCAUCCCAUAUUUCCAGUUCAUGACCAACUCUUUAUGUGUGUCUAUGCCGUCCAUCACAAAGAUUAAAUACAUUCCAUGAAAACGGGUGAGGACAGGAGCGUCUGCCUCCCCUCAGACGCCUUGCUCACUCUUAUCUUUUAUUGGUUCAGUUAAAUUCCUGCUGAUGCGAUCAUGAUAGUGUUUUUUUAUUCACACACUUUAAAAGUUAGAUGAGAUAACGGCAACUUUUCAUUUACGUGUCAAUAAAACAUGGAUUAAUUUGUGUCUAAAUCUGAAAAAACCGCUAAUUUAAUCCCAGGCAUGAGCUCAACAAACUUAAAACAUCCAUGUUUUCCUGCUCGCCGUUCCCGUUAGUCGCUGAGGUUUCACCGGAGUUCAAUGGAAAAAGUGGAAGAGAUGCUUGCUGGAUUGCACAAGUGGUAACUUAUGUUUAGGGACGGCAAGAUGAAGUCUGAGGCGAGCUCAUUAAAAGCCGUUUUUCCAGCAGCACCACUCAGCCUAGAACAGCUCGGUACAGUGUGGGUUAACUCCGCUCACCUCAGAGUGGUUGAUUUUCCCUGCCUGCUCCGUCACAGAAAGUGGUUGCUCCCUUACUACUUUAACCUCAAGGAGGCAGGGACUGAAAGGUAGGGGGAAAACAACGAGCUGUGCUGUUGGAAAAGACGGCCGAGGCGCACCAACCCGAGUCACGCUACAGUUGGGAAAGGCCCUAGUGGAAACUCUGUUGUCUGUUUCUGAGACUUUAAAUGUUGUCUUCCCUGGUUCUGUCAAAUGUGUAAUAAAGGUCCUUCGUCCUGCUCUGCAA